AUGUUAUUAUUUGAGAUCAUUUCUCAUACAAAUUAUCAAGAUUAUCAGAAAAAUAUUCAUUUAAUAAAAUUAAUUAAGCUUUUGAUGAUUAUUAUUCUUUAAGUUUAAGACCUCAUUUAAAAGUAGAAACAUUGGGAGCUUAUAUUUGGGGAUGUUAAGUGAAUAUUGAUAAAGAAUUUGCAAUUAUUAAUUUAAGUAAGUAGAAAACUUUAAUUAUCUAGAAUAGCUAAAGUUCUAUUAAAUAUAGUUAUUGAUCUGUAUAAUUUGUAAUUCUCUAGUAGUGAUGAAUUAGCCAUACCAAAUUAAUUUAAAUUUAUAGGAAUAGAGUCGGGGAUUAAAGUUGAUUUUUUAAAUUUUGGUUUUAAGAUAAAAAGUAUAACCUAACUAAUUUUGUUGAAUGGACAGUCAAAAAUUAUGUUAAUCCUAUUUUAUUGA